CAAGGAACCACUACUACAUUUCACCUGCACCUUCAAUGGAGCCUCACCAAGGACACAGAAUGACUCUAUUAUCUAAACCACGUCAUAAUCAACCUGACAACAGUAACAGUCAAAAGCCUCUAUUCAUGAUUCCACAACCUGGACGCACUGAAAAAAAAUCGGUAGUCUCGACGUUUAGCAACAGCUCGCAACAAACAUUUGCACCCACACGGAGCUCCAAUCUUGUAGAGAAUACGGCCUCCAGGGAGUUGGCUGAAUCUAGCCUUCAUUUUCCCAGUUUCAAGUUCAAUACGACAACUUCGCACCCAGAGUCGCACAGCUCAAGUCCUCAGCACUCGUCUUCCUUCUAUGACACAAAUGCUGUAUUUUCAACAAGGCGUCCCAACGUGGAGGUGAAGAAAGAGGACCAUGAUAUCGAUGGGCACCAGUUUAAGAUGCUCGGAAAGCAACCUUCUCAACAUUUUCCUGCAGAAUAUCGAUAUCCCCCAUUAAAGACGACCACAGAAGAGAUCGGUUCUCGAUCAGGUUUUGGUAUCCUUGAGAGUGAUAUGACCGAAGAGGACCUCAUCAUCACAAAAAUUGCUAGCAAUAGCCGUCAAGCGAAGGCUGAGCUCGCGAAACUGCGGGAACAUAACGCCGAACUAGAAUCCCAGCUUAGUAUUAAGACUGAACUCGUCGCCGAUCUCUCGCGACAGAACACGGAGUUAUCUCGUCAGGCCUCAGACGCCUCUCAUCAGAACUCGGAACUAUCUCGACGAAUCGCUCAACUUAAAUUGACGACCAAGGAAGCAAUUGACAAGGCCAACAGGAGUUGCGUCGAACUCAGAGAUUCUUAUGAGGCGGUCCGAAUCCAAUUUCAAGCGUCAUCUACCUUGGUGAACGAUGCCCGAAAGACAAUGGAAAGCCUUGAGGAGCUUCGGGAUGCCGCUCGUACCGGCCUCCAAGUGUUUCUGGAUGACACUGGGCAUCUGCCCAAUGUGGGCCAAACAAGGACAGUUGUAAACGAGCUACAGGCUGAGCUUACUCGGAGUGAGUCGCACCUUUCUGUGGGAAGUCAGCACGGCACAUUAUGUGUGCAGCUCAACAGGUGGCCGAUCUCCUGCGUGAAAAAUUGCAAAAUAUGGGUUCUGAGCUAAUAGAUGCCCGGGCGCGCGUCGCGGAACUGGAGGAGCAUUUUGGGAACGACAGGAAGUUGAUUGCCUCGACAACAUCGGAUCUUGAGCGCACCUCC